AUGACUUUGGAGCUCCUGUCAAUAAAAAUGAAGUCAGCUCAGUCAUCCAGGUGUUGGUGCUCUGUGGGGUUGGAACCUUGUUGCUUAUUGGCCUGUGUGCGGAUAUGGCCUCAAACAACUAUAUCCAACAAGCAACCCAGAGCUAUGGGGCCUACCCCACCUGGCCUGGGCAGGGCUAUUCCCAGCAGAGCCACCAACCCUGUGGUCAGCAGAGUUACAGUGGUUACAGCCAGUCAACAGUCACUGCAGGCUAUGGCCAGAGCAGCUAUGGUGGGUCUUAUGGACAGACUCAGAACACAGGCAGUUCCCCAGGGAUAUGGCUCCACUGGUGGCUGUGGCAGUAGCCAAAGUUCUCAAUCAUCUCAUGGACAAGAGUUCUCAUACCCUGGCUAUCUCCAGCAACUGGCUCCUAGCAGCACCUUAGGAAGUUAUGGUAGCAGUUCUUGGAGCAGUGGUUAUGGGUGGUCCCAGAGCAGGGGAUGUGGUCAGCCAUCUAGCUAUGGUGGACAGCAGCAAAGCUGUAAUCCCCCUCAGGGCUGUGGACAGCAGAACCAGUGCAACAGUGGCAGUGCAGGGGGUGGUGGCGGCAACUAUAGCCAAGACCGGUCCUCUGUGAGUGGUAGUACUGGUAGCAGUGGUUAUGGCAAUCAGGACCAGAGUGGUGGUGGCAGCUACAAAAUUAAAAAUAAAUAA